CAUCGAUUAACGAGAGAGAAGCUUCGUUCGUCGUCCGCCGUAAAAAUGGGUUUCAAGAGGAAGAAGGGCGAUGGUGAUGGUGAGGAAAUGGAAUCAGAAGGUCGUGGAAAGUCUAGUUUCAAUGGGACUGAGAAGAGGAAUGUGAUACUUCCUUCGAUGAUUAAGAACAAGGAUAAGAGAUCUAAAGUGUAUGCUAAGCAAAAGCAUGAGAAGAAAGUGGAGAAGCAGAAGAAGAUUAGAGCUCGUGACGCUGCUGAAAAACGAGCUCUAGAGCUUGGAGAAGAGCCUCCACAAAAGAUGAUUCCGAAGACGAUUGAGAAUACCAGAGAAGCUGAUGAAACUGUUUGCAGACCUGACGAUGAAGAAUUGUUUGCUGAUAUUGAUGCUGAUGAGUUUAAUCCAGUGCUGAGACGUGAGAUUACUCCUAAGAUCUUGAUCACAACAUGUCGUUUCAAUUCCACUAGAGGGCCUGCGUUUAUAUCUGAGUUGCUUUCGGUGAUACCAAACUCUCAUUAUCAGAAAAGAGGAACUUAUGAUUUGAAAAAGAUUGUAGAAUACGCAACGAAGAAAGAUUUUACAUCUCUUAUUGUCGUUCAUACGAAUCGCAGAGAACCUGACGCCCUUCUUAUCAUCGGUUUGCCAACUGGUCCUACUGCUCAUUUCAAAUUGUCAAAUCUUGUUCUAAGGAAGGAUAUUAAGAAUCAUGGAAAUCCUACAAGCCAUCAACCGGAACUGGUUUUGAAUAACUUUACAACGCGUUUAGGGAAUCGUGUUGGGAGAUUUUUCCAAUCACUCUUCCCUCCGGAUCCUAAUUUCCGUGGUAGGAGAGUUGUAACAUUUCACAACCAGCGUGACUUUAUAUUUUUCAGACAUCAUCGUUACAUAUUUGAGACGAAGGAAAGCAAACAGAGUGAUAAAGGAAAAGAUGGUGUUCAAGAGACAAUAAAACCUCGUCUUCAGGAAUGCGGUCCUCGAUUCACGCUUAAGCUAGUCACUUUACAGCAUGGAACCUUUGACACCAAAGGCGGAGAAUUUGAAUGGGUUCAUAAGCCUGAAAUGGACACGAGCAGGAGAAGAUUUUAUCCAACGGGAGAGGAAUUGAUAAACCACUACCUUAAGAACAAAAUUCUGGGUAAGACUUGGCUCGUCGACGAAGCCAUUAGCGAGAUCAAUAUCUGUAGUUACGACCCUAUUUACUUGCCUUCGUUAUCGAAGCUCAAAUCUGACGAUCCGGUUUGGUACUUUUUCUGUCCAAAGGAGUACACUUCUGCAAAGAAGAAGGUAACGAAGAGGACUACAAGUUCUGGGUAUUGGAAAGCUACUGGUGUUGAUCGUAAAAUCAAAGAUAAGAGAGGUAACCGAGGCGAGAUCGGGAUUAAGAAGACGCUUGUGUAUUAUGAAGGUAGAGUUCCUAAAGGUGUUUGGACUCCUUGGGUUAUGCAUGAGUAUCACAUCACUUGUUUGCCUCAAGAUCAGAGGAACUAUGUUAUCUGCCAAGUAAUGUAUAAGGGUGAAGAUGGAGACGUCCCAUCAGGUGGUAAUAACGCAAGUGAGCCGAGCCAAUCUAUGGUUUCUGAUUCGGGUACUGUCAGAGCGAUUGACACAGCGCCUGAGCCAGGUCAAGAAAAUUUCUUUGGUAUGUCUGUGGAUGAUUUGAGAACUCCAAUGAAUGAGCAAAAACAAGAAGAUUUCUCUCUGUGGGAUGUAUUGGAUCCAGACAUGUUAUUCAGUGAUAACAACAAUUCUACUGUGCAGCCACAAGCUCCUCACUUAGCCCCGAAUGAUGAUGAGUUUCUCGGUGGAUUGAGGCAUGUUAACCGAGAGCAGGUUGAAUAUUUGUUUGCCAAUGAAGAUUUCAUAUCCAGACCGACCUUAUCUAUGACAGAGAACCGCAACGAUCACAGGCCGAAGAAAGCUUUGUCAGGGAUUAUUGUUGAUUAUAGCAGUGAUAGUAAUAGUGAUGCUGAAUCAAUAUCUGCAACGAGUUACCAAGGAACAUCAAGUCCAGGUGAUGAUAGUGUUGGUAGUUUGAAUAGACACUUUCUCCAGACUGGUGAAGAUGAGAUUCUAUCGUCUUCCAAUGAUCUACAAACUUAUGGAGAACUUUCCAUCAGUAGAAGGACCCGGCAAUCUCAACUCACACCGCACAUCAUACAAUCAAAACAAGAGGUGAAACAAGAUACAUCAAGAGCGGUUGAUAGUGAUACAUCCAUAGACAAGGCGUCAUCUAUGAUGAAGACAGAGAAGAAGAGCUGGUUUAUUAGAGAGGAACCAAUGGAGAGAAACCGCAAGAAUCCACGGUAUAUCUAUCUGAUGAGGAUGAUCAUAGGCAUCAUACUCUUGGUGGCUCUCAUUGGCAACAUCAUAUCGGUUUUACUAACCGUCAAAACUUGAACCCGCUGAUGAAGUUUGAUCGCGAGAGAUAGACAACGCAGAUUGAUCAAAGCACUCGUUUUUUAAUUUGCUUUCAUUUAAUUCUGUUUUCUUCUGAAAUUUUGAUGUAUAUGUGUGUAUGUAUGAACUAGGGGUAUGUCUUGUGUCUAAAGUUAAAUGCAAUCUAGGGUUUUGAAAUUUAUAACAUUCACUAUUUGACAGAGACAAGUGGAUUGGGUUUGAAAAGGUUUCUCAAAGAUUUGGUUUGUUGAGAAUUCAGAACAGUGAGAUUUUGAUUAUCAAUCAAUCCGUCAAAAUCUU